UCCGGAUUCGUCUGUAAUUUUCUGUAGUAGGCUACCUUGAUACGGAAAAGUAGUAGUGGUGAACUUGCUGAGUUUACGGUUAUUGGAUGGAUAGUAGGUGAAUGCUUACGGUAUACAAUAUGUACAAACACGUUUUCUUAACGGGGCCACCAGGUGUUGGAAAAACAACAUUGAUACAAAAAGCCAUUGAAACUUUAAAAGCUUCUGGAAUUUCUGCUGAAGGAUUUUACACAGAAGAGUUCAGACAAGGUGGAAGAAGGAUAGGAUUUGAUGUUGUUACAUUAUCGGGCAAACAAGGACCUUUAUCCAGAGUUGGUAGUAGUGGCACUGAAGCUGGUGCUCAGAGGCGUGAAUGCCGAGUUGGGCAGUACGUGGUGGAUGUGGAAUCAUUUGAACGGUUGGCACUUCCUGUUCUUAAGAGUGCAAGUUCCGGAGGUGGCACUGAAAAAAUGGUAUGUGUUAUUGAUGAGAUUGGUAAAAUGGAAAUGUUCAGUCAAGCCUUUAUUCGGACUGUGCGCCAGAUGUUAGAUGCAGCAUGCACCACUGUACUUGGAACUAUACCAAUCCCAAAAGGAAAGCCACUAGGCCUUGUGGAGGAAAUAAGAAGCAGGAGAGAUGUCAAAGUGUUCAAUACCUCUACAUCUGUCACAAAAAAUCACUCCCCCAUUGGCCUUCAUUAUUGUUCUGGCUAUUUGCUUGCUGAGAGCCUUAAGGAGCAAAAUCUCACUUCUGUCUUCCUGACUGGGGAAUGAAGCACAAGAAAGCCAUGGAACGUCUAACAGGAUCACAAAAGAAAACAGAGACAGCAUUUUAGAAGAAAUUGUAACAACGGUGCAGAACUGCAGAAAAUGAGUCUUGGAUAUGCGUACAUAAAUUCAGCCUCUUAAAAGAACAUAUGUAAUUAGCAGUCGACUACCAUUAUGUCUUUACUGGGAAAUGGCGAUUCUGAUUGUAAAUAGUUAAUUAUUUGUGUUGCUUACAAGAGAUGAAGGAAUUUCAGGCCAUCAGACAUCUGGUUUAUUGUAGGUACAGUCAUUGCAGAGAGAUGAAGCAGUUUAUGGUAACUUGCGUGCUACAAUUUUAAGGAUGGGUUAACUAUUAAAUUGUCAGGUUAAUAUCCUGACAUUUAUUUAGUUUAUUUCAUUUCAAAUGGCUCAUAAGUUGGUAAUAUGACUCUUCCAUUUAUUGUUACCAAAACACUUGAUUUCAUAUUUUGGAUAGACUUUAUAGUAGUAAAAAUCUUUAGGUCUUGGUGCAUAUCUCUGUCCACCUGAUGUGUGGUCAUUAACUGUUUUUAUUUUGAAAUCAUAUUUUUGUUCACGUGAGUAAAAUGGUAUUAUCUAGACAUACAUGUGUAAAAGCCUGCCUGUGAUGUUCACAUCUUUCCUGUUAGUGUGAUGAUUUGAAGGUAUUGAAUUUACAUUUGACUUUUUCACUGAAUUUUUUUUAUUCAAGAUAGUUUGCAGCAAAAGAAGAUUAUGCUCAUGGCAUACUCGUUUCAAUAGUGAAUCACAAUGCAUUCUGUUGUAGUAAAAGUAAUAACUGUACCACAGAAUACUCAACCAGUUGUUAAGUUUAGUAUCAUAAAUGGAUUGUAAACACCUUCAGGAAUUUAUGUUCUCCUGGGCUGGGCCAGUCAUUAAAAAGUGUCAAUGUUUA